GGCUUAGCUCAAGAAACCCCUCUGACGAAAGUGGGGCACGAGAGUAUCAUUCACGGCACCAAGGGUCAGGGUGUGGGGCAGGCGGGCAGGAGUUAUCUGCAGGUCGGCCCGAGUCCUUCUAGGUGCACGUCUGGCGAUCUUGUGCCUUCCUUGACUUCUCCAGAUGCAGGGACUCAUCGGGUCGCCACACCAAAAAUCCUCAAGUUACGCUGCCAGGGUGACACGUAUUCUCUUCGAGAUGAGGCGAGAAGAGAAUCCGGCAGUUCAAGACAAGAGGUUGGAGGGAAUGAGGUUGAAGGGAUGGGCGUUGUGCACGACAACUCUAGCGGGGAGCCGACUUCUUCGGAGAAAAAGCGCGAGCGACAGAAGACGGUACGAGAUGAGGUGGCGGAACAAACCAGAACGUGCCUUGGGAAAAAGGCCGCCAAGGUUGUGUGGCGGACAAGAAGAAGAAGUCAAAAAGAGGCAUUCUAAGCACGAAGUUGCCACAACAAGUAAGAAAGCGAAGAGGGUCGGCGGUUUGACCAUCAGCGAAGGGCAAGCUAUAGGUGGAGGAAAUUCGGCUCAUCAAGGCAUUGCCGCCGCAGGAGAACCUUCCCAUAAAUCUAAAAGGAAACUGGCAGUUGAAGAAGGCGAUCACCAGAAGAAAACUCGGAGGAGGAAGACUGGUGAGGGGACGAGUGGUGGCGAAAGGGCGGUUGGUGGGCAAUACGACGAAGUGGCGGCGUUUUGGCUCGAAUACGAGCGAAACGAUGACAUUGAGAUCGUGGAGAAGGAGCACCCAAUUCAACUGGUCAUCGAACCCAGGAAGGUCUACGUUAUCCCGCCGUGGGAAAGAUAUUAUAAUCACUGCAGUCUCGCUCGGGAUGGUGUGGAGGACAUCAAGAAUGCAAUGCUAAGGCAGUUCCGCGAGGAGAAGGCAAAGAUAUGGACGAAAAACGCUUUGGUUCUGGCUCCCAUAUACAAGUCGGUGACGCAGAAGCCGGAGAGAGCUCGAAGGGUUCACAAGGAUGUCUUCAAGCCAAAGGACAAGGACAAAUACUUCUAUUACCCCGUGAAUGGACAACACAAUAUGGCUGUUGUGAAGGAAUUGGAUGGUGAAUCAAUAUUUGAAUUGUGGAAGAUGCACUCGUGGCCAACGAGAGUCGUGUGGAUCUUCGAUGAAGACUUUGGGGGGUAUUUGCAGGUCAGUCUAGAGGAGAACACAAGACACACAAUGUCUAUGCAGCGUUCGCAGAAGGCCACUUUCGAGGAUAUGCGGGAGGCAUGGGAGAAGCAGGGAAGGCCGAUGGCUAUUCAAGGAAAACCUUCUGGUAAGGAGGCCGAAAAGAGUCCCAACGACGCUCAUUAGAGGAUGGCACGUAAAGCGACAACG